UAUGCUAACUUCCGGUAUAUAAUGAAUGCUCCCUUGGUUGACAACAUGGCAGAUUGGAGAAGCAACAGAAACGGCAAGACGGAGGAGAUUCUUGACCAUGAGAACCAGCAGAGAGUGGACGGCUUGGCAGGGAAGAUCUCCAGGUUGAAGGGGAUUGCUCUUGAUCUGGAGACAGAAUCUCGCGACUCCAACCGAUACAUUGAUGGAAUGCACGACGACUUUGGCAGCACGCAGGGCCUGUUGUCCGGCAGCGUGACCCGCAUCUCCAACAUGGUGAACUCCGGCAAGGGCAACAGGAAAGUCAUGUGCUACAUCAUCAUUGGCAUCGUGUCACUUUUCUUCCUUGCCUAUUACUUGGUAUCCAAGGUAACGGCAGGAUGAAAGUGUGGCAUCGACAGGCGCGGGAUGAGACUGUGGCAGUAUUGUUGCAGACUGACAACAUUGUCACAUGUUUCUUGUUGUGUGGCGUCCUGUACAGCUCUGCUAUGUGGGUUCAUGAUCAGACACAAGUUCGUUUUUUCUUGCUUCUUUGGGGAUUUUGAGAAUAUUAAUAGGAGACUACAUCCUGGCCAAUUGGCAGUCGUAGCAUGUUUGACUCAAGUCGUGCAAACACUUCGUUGUUUGUCUGCUAUCUCUCCUAGCGGUAAGUGUAAGAUUACCCCCAUAACACAGUGUCUCAGUUUCAAACAUGGUACAAUUACAAGGUCAGCAAUACAACAGGAAAUGGACACCAGGCUCAUAGUACCUCAAGAUUUUCAGAUUCACUCUGAAACAAUGUCUUACAACAGACACUGGUAACAAAGUCAUCCACUGAACUGUGGAAGUCUUCCCUCAGCUUCUUGGUUGAUAGUUUGAUUAAAUGAUCUAUAAAGGAUUCAGUUUAUUUGGAAUAUAACAUCUGGUACUUAGGGACACGUUCAAAAUAUUCUUCAUUCUCGUCAUUUUAUUAGAACAUUUUUUUAUAUACAUAUUUCGCUUUUCCCCAACAACUAUGCCCUAAAUUCAUAACUGAUAGAUGUUAGGCACGAUAUAAAUUUGUUAUUUGUUGUUGUUUUUUGGUUUUAUUAUUAUUAUUAUUAUUAUUAUUCGUCAGUUGUCCUUGUAAUAAUACUGGAACAAAGUGGUGCAGAAGCCUGCUGCCUGCUGAGAAAAAUUUGCUUUGUAAUCAGUUAACUUUCCUCCGACUGUGUCACUGUGUCAGGCCUUGAAGCCAGGAUGCUCCCUAGUACAUUAUGGCCCAUUGAUGGAGGUCAGCAGUCUUCCAGCCUCCUCUGUAACACUGUCAGACAGUGAAACUACCAGGUCCCAGCGUUAGGUGUCACCAGCAAAUAUUACUACAUUUCUUCCGAGUCAGGAAAAUUAGUUUGGGCCGUUGUUACAUCACUCAAUAUCGAGGCAUACUUGAGACACACUAUCAUGUAUAUAUAAUAUUUAAUUUUGAUCUUUUUGUGUAAAGUUGUCCAUGUUUUAGAUGGCCCUCACUGACAAGAUUGUUGCUAUGGACCUGUUUGUGUGGACUAGUUAGUUCAGUUUUAUGCAAUCAUUUGAUAGCAUGAGAUAACAACAGCCUGAGUAGUUAUCAUUGUUAAUAGCCCAGGUUAAUUUCUGUUGCUGGUAAUAAAAUGACUUAUACAGCCCUUACACAGUCCUUACACAGUCCUUAUACAGUCCUUAUACAGUCCUUAUGCAGUCCUUACGCAGUCCUUACACAGUCCUUAUGCAGUCCUUAUACAGCCCUUACACAGUCCUUACACAAUCCUUAUACAGCCCUUACAUAGUCCUUACACAGUCCUUAUGCAGUCCUUACACAGUCCUUACAUAGUCCUUACACAGUCCUUACACAGUCCUUAUACAGCCCUUACACAGUCCUUAUACAGUCCUUACACAGUCCUUACGCAGCCCUUACACAGUCCUUACACAGUCCUUACACAGUCCUUAUACAGCCCUUACACAGUCCUUAUACAGUCCUUAUACAGCCCUUACACAGUCCUUACACAGUCCUUACACAGUCCUUAUACAGCCCUUACACAGUCCUUAUACAGUCCUUAUACAGCCCUUACACAGUCCUUACACAGUCCUUAUACAGUCCUUAUGCAGCCCUUACGCAGUCCUUAUGCAGUCCUUACACAGUCCUUAUACAGCCCUUACACAGUCCUUAUGCAGUCCUUACAUAGUCCUUAUACAGCCCUUACACAGUCCAUAUACAGCCCUUACACAGUCCUUAUGCAGUCCUUACAUAGUCCUUAUACAGCCCUUACAUAGUCCUUAUGCAGUCCUUACACAGUCCUUAUACAGCCCUUACGCAGUCCUUAUGCAGUCCUUACAUAGUCCUUAUACAGCCCUUACACAGUCCUUAUGCAGUCCUUACACAGUCCUUAUGCAGCCCUUAUACAGCCCUUACACAGUCCUUAUACAGUCCUUAUGCAGCCCUUAUGCAGCCCUUACGCAGUCCUUACACAGUCCUUAUACAGCCCCAAGCUGUCUGAACAUGGUGAGGAGGGGGUAGUGAUAACGAGAUGCCCCACUGGGGGAUGAGGGUAGUGAUAAUGAGAUGCCCCAGUGGGGGGAUGAGGGUAGUGAUAAUGAGAUGCCCCAGUGGGGGGAUGAGGGUAGUGAUAAUGAGAUGCCCCAGUGGGGGAUGAGGCUAUUGAUAAUGAGAUGUCCCAUUUAAGGGGAUGAGGCUAUUGAUAAUGAGAUGUCCCAUUGAAGGGGAUGAGGGUAGUGAUAAUGAGAUGCCCCAGUUGGGGGAAUGAGGUUAGUGAUGAGAUGCCCUGUUUGGGGGAUGAGUAGUGGUCAUUGUACAUGUUGCAUACUUGUUUUGUUACUAGCCAGAUUAUCUACAUUGUAUAUCAUGUGGAACAUUUGUACCUGUGUGGGUCAUCAUUAGUGUGUUGUACUUUGGUUGUACAUUGGUUGUACUUUGGUUGUACAUUGGUUGUACAUUGGUUGUACAUUGGUUGUACAGUGGUGUACAUUGGUUGUACUUUGGUUGUACAGUGGUGUACAGUGCGUAUCUCUGUAUAUAUUGUCAGUGUACAUACGGAGGCAAGGAGAGAAGUUUUGUAAAUACUAAAAGGAAACAGAAUGGGAAAAAUAAAGUCUUAGAAUAUGG